ACGUUUCCAAAAGGUUUGAAGUUAUAAAACCAAUAAAAGAUGUUGCUAAAUUUCAGAGUUUGUUACCAGUAACAAUGAAUUCAGUGGAAUGGGCAGAGCCCCUGAUUAUCCAGAUGAAAAAUCGGCAAUUCCCGGUUGUCCAACUGAAGAAGAUGAGGACCCUGACACCACUGGAACUCUAUCAAGUGUGCCUCUCCAUGGCUCUGAGCACAUUCUCCAACACGGGCGAGAUCAAAAACGUUACUCUUUCAUGUGUUAUACUGAUGGCUAAGGAACAUUUUUUGCAGAUGGGCGCAAUACCAUCAGAUCAACUCCCAGCUAGUUGGGAUGGAAAAGUUUGUGAGGAAGAUACAGACGAAUGCGACACCCACUCUCCUUGUGCCCGAGAGAACGCCACCCGAGACUGCGAAAACCUCCCAGGCAGUUACAACUGUCACUGCAAGUUCGGCUACACAGAACCACAUUGUGACUCCGUGCUCGACUUCUGCGAAGAAGGACCCUGCAAGAACAACGCCUCUUGCGAAUCCACUGACAUUGUCGGGUUCAAUUGCACAUGCAUUCCUGGAUUCACAGGCGAGACAUGCGAGACGAACAUUGACGAGAGCGAGGGAAACGACUGUGUGUCGGGAUCCACAUGUGUAGACGGAACCAACCAGUACACAUGUGACUGCAUUGGCACAGGGUUCAGGGGUCAGUUCUGCGAUGAGUCAUGUGUCAACUCAAGUGCGUGCGAGAAUUCUGCCAGUUGUCUUUUCAAUCAAACUUCCGAUGAGUUCUUCUGCGACUGCAGCUCAAAUUUUCAAGUUCAAUUAUGCUCGGAGCAACUUUCGGGUGGAGACAACGAUGACGGCAAACUUCUAACGGCAGGAGCUGCUCUGCUUGCAAUUCUAAUUAUAGUAGUAGUCACAGCUGACUCACUUUUCAUCGAGGAGUAG